AUGGUUCAUAAUAUUCACCAGCAAAAAUGUUAUUCCAUUGAUAAUCUAAUCGAUCAAUCGUCGAAAUCAUGUUCGAAUAAUAAACGUCUUUGUCCAGUUACACAUGAUGUUUCACAGUCCAUUGUUCAUUGUAUUAAUGAUUUAAAUCAUCGACAACAACGUCCUCCACCACCACUUAUAAAACAAAUCGAUCUAUUCAAUCGUCAACAACUUCAUCAUCAACAAAAUUUGUCUGUUACACCAAAUAAAUCACCAUCAAAUACAAUUCGAUUUAUUUCUUCACGUACAAUCACGAAUUCUAACAACAUUAACAAUCAACGUGGUCCACCAGAUCAUCAAAAUGUAACAACAGCCUCUGCUCGUUAUGCAACAUCAAGAUUCCCGUUCCCGCCUUAUAUUAUACGCUUUAAAUCAAAUCAAGUUACUUUAAAUAAAUUUAAAGAAGAAGUGGUUAAACCAUUUCAAGUAAAAUGUGUUGAUGAUGAUAUGGAUAUUCUUCUUUACGUUAAGGACUCUAUUUCUUUUGCUUCAUUACAUGAUGAAACUAAAUGGCCAUUAAAAAUUGCUGGUGAAGAUUAUAUGUUUCCUUCUCGACCGUCAAUUCCCCCUCAGCUUUCAGUCAUUAUCAAAAAUGUCAAUGUUCGAAUUGAUUUUGAGGAGUUUACAAAUGAUGUAAAAUCCAUGAUCCCUGAAGUAAUUAAUGUAAUUCGAAUGAAAAACAAAUUCGCUAAUAUUAUCCAUAUGGUUAAACUAGAACUUUCAUCUGUUUCUGCUCGUCAAGAUCUACUUGAUGCUAAAAAAUUAAUGAUAAAUUACAUCUCCUAUGAAAUUACUGAAUUUCUCUCACCUGCACAAGUUUUAAUCUGCUCAAAAUGUAGCGGAAUUGGUCAUUUCCGCAAGCAAUGUUCUGAGCAAGAUGAAACGUGUAAAAAUUGUGCUCAAGCUUUUCCUGAUCUCAAAUCUCAUCAAUGUUCAGCUAGUCCUGUUUGUAAACAUUGUCAAGGUAAUCAUCUAUCCAACUCGAUGAAGUGCCCGGUCAUCAAAUCGUUUAGAGCUGAACUUACUAGGAAGCUUUUGUCUUCAAAUACUAAUCCAACAGCUGUAACACCAAAUAAUAAUAAUAAUUAUCGUUUUGAUCCAUUAAAUUUUCCUCCACUUCCAUCUACUCAAGCACAAUUGAAUAACCCGAUGAUGUCUAAACUUGAUGAUCUUAUUGUUAAAAUAAACGAUGUCAAAGAUCAUCUUGCAAGUUUAACAGUAAAACACGAUAAAUUUGAAAAAUUUAUGGUCGAAAAAGCCAAACAGGAUUCUCAUGUUAGUCAUCAAAUUGAUAUAUUAACAGCGAAUGAUCAAGAAUUAAGAAAAGAUUUACUUAAUCAUCAUAUGUUACUUGAACGUCAUGAAAAUAUAUUUAUUAAAUAG